AACAAUCAUUUACACAUCUACCAGUCGCACUAUAACUACCACUACCACCACCACCACCACUGCAACUCUAAUUCUGUCUUACCUCUUCCAAUCUCCCCCUCUAUCAAACAUGUUCUCUUCGUGCAAUCUUUGUUUAAGCCAUCCAUCAAAAUGGGUUAGAACCCUUCUUCAACAACUCAAAUCCUUGAAUAGAUCAGUUAAGAGAAGCAAUAGAAGAAAACCCAAGAGAUUGUUUUCUAGUUUUGAUUGGAUUACUUCAUCUUUUGCUACUAUGGAAGUGUCUAACCAGCUGAAACAAGUGUUCAAGCUCAUUGAUGCAAAUGGAGAUGGGAAAAUUUCUCCUUUGGAACUUGGGGAAGUGCUUCUAUCCCUUGGGCAUGAGAAAUUGACAGCAGUCAGUGAAGCUGAAGGGAUGAUCAGAGAGCUUGAUUGUAAUGGUGAUGGCUACAUCGACUUAGAUGAGUUCAUGGAUGUCGUUGGUGGCCCGGAAGGCGGCGAAGUUGGUUGCAGCAGCAGGGAAGAUGAACUAAUGGAUGCCUUUCUCAUGUUUGAUUCUGAUGGAAAUGGGUAUAUAUCAGCUAAUGAGUUGCAGAGUGUGUUUGUGAGCUUAGGAUAUGAUAAGUGUAGUCUUGAUGAAUGUUUUCUAAUGAUCAGAGGAGUUGAUAAGGAUGGUGAUGGGCUUGUGGAUUUCCAAGAGUUUAGAUCAAUGAUGAUAGGAUGCACAGCUUGAAGAUCCAAUUCCACCCAAUUUUGCCAUAUUUGUAGCCCUCAGUUAGACAUUUAGAGUUGCAGAGCUUGAUAAUGAAGCUUAAUUGUACGUAAAUGUUUAUUAAUGAUAGAAAAUUUGGUCUUGUGGCUUCAAUGAGGCAAGAAAAUAAUUUGUAAUUUUGUAUCUUAUCUCACACAUAAAGAAUUAUGUUGAUAAGAUAGAUGCAUUAUGGCAUCAGCUUCUAUUCUGAUAUGUAUCAUAUUAGGAGAAAUUAAGUAUUCCAGUGAUAGAAAGAUAAGCCCACAACUCACUUUGUAUUGUCCUUUUCAGACUUUGAAUCAUCCCUUUAAUGGAAUCAUAGUUGGAUGCCUC